UACAAGCUAUGGCGUUUGGAAUCAGCAAAACGAAAAACAAGAAAAAAGCAAAUAAGGUCGUGGAAGUUGUAGAUAAAGAAGCAUCCGUUGUCAAGGCGAAUGGUCAAGUCAAUUCAAGAUUAGACGAAGAAUGGCAACGACGUGAUAAUGAUUUCAUUCGUGAGGAGAACGAACGAUGCCUCAAAGAAGCACUAAUGUUAUCCAAACUCGAUUUCGAAGAGAAGAAAAAGUUUUACCAACAGAUGAAGAAAGAGCAGGCAGAGGAGGGCAAGGGAGGAAAGGUUAAAAAGAAGAAAGAUAAGCCAUUAACAAUGUCCUUAGAUCAGUUCAACAAUCUCCGCCCAGACCAGUUGACAGCAAAGAGUGAGGUUGACAGUACUGUCAUCACAGGCCAAGAGGCCUUGGAAGAUGAGAAGAAAUUUUUCGAAGAUAUUGACGAGGCAACUCGGAAGACCUUAGAGAGAGAACACCGACACCACAACUACAAGGUUACAGCUGGUCAGUAUGGUCAGGAAGUGCGGGCCUCCCAAUAUGAAGCGGAAUUAGAGAAGCGUGACUUUGAAAUUCAAGCUCUUAGACUAGAAGUGGACUCUUUGAAGAGUGAACUCUUACUAGUCAAAACCAGGAACAAGAAACUCUGUGAG